CCCCAGGCUGCCGCCCUCCUGAGCCCCAGACGUGGGAACCGGGACCGGCUCCCUGGGAAUAGCGGGAGGUAAGGCGAGGGCUGAGGGGAAGCAUCUCUCAGCCGCCCCAGGACCUGCACCGAGCGCAGGAGCGCAGGGGACGUGCCGGCCGCCCCGGGCAGCACGACAAGCGCCGUGUCGGUCACCGAGCCCCGGUGUGCCCCUCGGCCCCCCAGGGCCAGCAGCGCAAGGCGCUGAGCAGCUGCAGGUGCCAGCGCCAGCCAUCGGCCAGAGACGCGCCGGGACAAGGCUCCCAGGGCUCCGGGGGCACGGCACAGCAUGGAUCCGUCGCCAGAACCAGACCCUUCACACGAACCACAUAGUGCCUACCCUGAAGAUGCCUAUGAUGGUGGGCAUGGCCCUUACCAGCCACACGAACCGGGUUAUGGUCUUGACCAGCCCGGAUACAGCCCGUAUGAGGAUGAGAUUCCCGAUGCAGAAGCCCGGAUGCUGGCGAUCAAGAAUGCAAAAGCCUAUUUACUGAAGACCAGCACAAAAUCUGGCCUGAACUUAUAUGAUCAUUUAGCUACUAUACUGACCAAGAUCCUGGAUGAACAGCCCGCAAAUACAGUAGACAUAAUUGAGACUAUCAGCCAGGAUGUGAAGUGGGCACAGUUUCGGAAAAAAAUGGACACUCUUCGAGACGAACAUCUGAUCCCUCCAACAUUUGAAGCUGCAGAAAAGUGUAAAGCUUUGUUCAUCAAGGAAGCUGCAGAAGAAGAACAUGAAGAACUAGAUGAAGAAAUGGGAGAGCCUGCUCUACCAAAUGUGAUGGAAACAGCCUUUUAUUUUGAACAGGCUGGAAUUGGCCUGAGCAAAGAUGAAUGCUAUUACAUAUUCCUUGCCUUUAAAAACCUAAUUAGUGUUCAGCCAAUCCAGACCUGUCGCUUCUGGGGCAAAAUUUUGGGCCUGGAAAUGAACUAUAUUAUAGCUGAAGUACAGUUACGGGAAGGGGAAGAGGAGGAGGAGGAAAGAGAAGAGGAAGAAGAGGAAACUGUUGCAGAAGAAGAGAAAGAGAUGGGUGAGGAAGAAAUGGAACAGAAGGAAAAAGAACCUGAACCACCAAAGUCCACCUAUAAACCCCCACCUGAGAUCCCAAAAGAAGCAAAUGGGACUGGGACGAAUAAAUAUGUCUAUUUUGUCUGUAAUGAGCCAGGCAAACCCUGGGUGAAGUUGCCUCCAGUGACACCAGCCCAGAUUGUCUGUGCCAGGCAAAUCAAGAAGUUCUUCACUGGUCGCUUGGAUGCUCCUAUUGUGAGCUUCCCUCCUUUUCCUGGAAACGAGGCCAAUUACCUGCGCGCACAGAUAGCGCGAAUCUCAGCAGGAACCCACGUCUCUCCCACGGGGUUUUACCAGUUUCCAGAGGACGAAGAAGAAGAAGAAGGAGGAGAUACAUAUGAAGAAAACCCUGAGUUUGAGCCUCCUCCUGUGGCUGAAAUGGUGGAGUCCCUGGCCAUGUGGGCACACCAUGUCAAGGGCAUUCUGAAGCAGGGUCGCUGUGUUUGGAUUAAUCCUGCUCAAAAAUCAGAGGAAGAUGAAGAAGAAGGUGAAGAGGAGGAAGAGGAGGAGGAAGAAGAGCGCCAGGAAGAAACAGGACAACCCCUUCUUACUCUGAUCUCUGAAGAUGAAGGCAUGAAAAACAUCCCUGCUUGGACAGCUCAGGCUUCUACAAACCUGAUCCCAGAAUAUUCAAUUGCAAUCCUGCAGUCUAACCGAUGGCCUGGAGCUUAUGCCUUUGCAUCUGGCAGGAAAUUUGAGAACAUCUACUUCGGCUGGGGUCACAAAUACAAUCCAGAAAGCCACACUCCUGCGCUGCCCCCACCAGCAGAAGCAGAAUUUCCCAGUGAGCCAGGAAUCACUGAGACAGCAGACCCCACUGUGGAAGAGGAGCUGGCUUUCAAGGCUGCGCAGGAAGAAGCCUUAGCCGAAGCUGAGGAAGAGGAAGAAGAGGAAGGGGAAGAUGAUUAAAAUAUGGAAGAAAACAGAUUGUUUUAAAAGUUUGAACAUAAAAAGAGUUUUCAUAACGUAGUCAUUUUUUUGCUGACCUCAAAAGAAAUUAUUUUUGAGUGUGCCUUCUUUUUUGAUUUCUGUAGGCUUUUCUUUGCAGCUAUAUUCCUCUCCUUCCCCACCCCUAAACCUGUCCACACUGGCAGGAAAGCUUUUUCUGUUUGUUUGACUAAGCAAACAUAGUCUGCUUCCUAAAAUGAUGCUGCUUUGAACAAAGAACUACCACCCACAAGAUGUUCACACUGUUUUUCUAGCCCUCACUUCAAUACGUAUAUACAUUUUACUUAAAUAAACCUUUUUUAAAAUCCCA